CGAGAUCUCUGUCAUAACGUUCUUUUACUUCCUGCCCACGCCGAUUGCACUUCCUAAUUCGUCCGCUGUUCUGGUUUAGAAGGCCAAAUAGCGACAGGCAUGUCUGCAGCGUUGCGUGUACUAUAUUCUGUGUCCCGGCCAGGCACCAUUGCGGCUGGACACAAUCUUGUGCGUCCAAUCAGUCUGUCGGCCCAGAGAGAGGGAUUCAAGUAUGUGAAUGCUCAGGAUCUGCCCACAGACAUGAAGUCCAUAACAGACAGAGCCGCUCAGACUCUGCUAUGGACGGAGCUCUUCAGAGGAUUGGGCAUGACCAUGAGCUACCUGUUCAGAGAGCCGGCCACCAUAAACUACCCGUUUGAGAAGGGGCCUCUGUCUCCCCGUUUCCGUGGUGAGCACGCCCUGCGCAGGUACCCCUCUGGAGAGGAACGCUGCAUCGCCUGCAAGCUGUGUGAAGCCAUCUGCCCUGCCCAGGCCAUCACCAUUGAGGCAGAGCCCCGUUCGGACGGCAGCAGGAGGACAACGCGCUACGACAUCGACAUGACCAAAUGUAUUUACUGUGGCUUCUGCCAAGAGGCCUGUCCUGUUGAUGCCAUCGUGGAGGGCCCCAACUUUGAGUUUUCCACAGAGACCCAUGAGGAGCUGCUCUACAACAAAGAGAAACUGCUCAACAACGGAGACAAGUGGGAGGCCGAGAUCGCUGCCAACAUACAAGCUGAUUACCUCUAUCGAUAGACAGACAGGCUGGCUGACGCGGUCUCCUGUACCGGCAGCCAGCCCACAGAUACCUAUCCUGGGGCACAUUCAAUAGGGAUACGUUGUGGAAAUUUUCAUAAAGAAAUUACAUCAAUAGAGUUGACAUGAUUCUUUAUUCUACUUGUCAAUGAGGCAUGUUUUUUCUACAUACCAUAUGUCUGAACGUUCCACAACGCUGUGCCCUGCUGAACGCACCCCUGAUGUCUAUGCUCAACAGUACUGUCUAUCUGAUUCGGGGUAAGAUAUUGCCCCAAACCACAGAUCUAGGAUCAGAUCAAAUUAACUUGAACCAGUAGGAACAAGAGAAAAAAAUCUGACCAUGUGUUUGUUAGUGGUUAGGGACAACUACAUACUCUGUGUCCCAAAUGGUACCUUACCUCCUAUAUAGUGCACUACCUUUGACCAGGGCCCAUAAGACUGGUCAAAAGUAAUGCACUAUAUAAGGAAUAGGGUGGCUUUUGGGACGCAGUCCUACUCUGUUUUAAGGGCGGCGUGUUAUCAUUUUGUCGGAGAGUAAUACACAACCAGUUGGCACAUGAUACUCGGGCUCUAUUAUAAUUAUUAUUAAUAUCCUCAAACUAGAGAAUAUAUUAGCCUGCUGCAAACACAAAGUUACAUGGGGGUUUGUUGUCAUGAUAAUUGUACAAAGGUUAAGUACUUAUGGACUUGAAAUUAUGAAGAAUAAAUAUUGUUCUGUCCUAAGUUUUAAAA